UCACAGACGAUAAAGCAGUAAAACGCGGUGCUGCUCCGAUUGACAGAUUGUCCAUAGCAGCUAGCAGUACAACAAAGGAUAUUUUGGGCCCUGCUCACAGUAAUAUCGGAUUUUUGCAUUCAAAUUCAUGUUGGAGUAUCCUGAAUCUAACUAUACUACAUACAUACAAUUUUAAAGAAGCAUAUUAUAAAUAAAUAAUAUGGUUACAGAACGAAAAAAAACAAAAAAACGUAAAGAUGAUGCACUUGAUUCUUCUGCUAAUGAUAAAAAUCCCACUAAAGAAGAAUAUUUAGUUGCUAAGUGGAUUCGAGCCAAUGUACCUUCUAAAAAAACCAAAUUUGAUCGCAACCAUAUGGUGGAAUAUUUUACUGGAACACGAGCAGUUGAUGCUCUUUUGGAAAGAUCGCCAUGGAAUAAAACAAUAUUUGAAACUAGACAACAAGUUGUAGAUUAUCUUGAAAUAAUGCUUCGACACAAGUUCUUUCACAGAGCAAAAAAAAUUAUUAUCUCCGAAGAUGAAUUAAAACAAAUUAAAAAUUUAAAAAAAAGAAAAAAUGUGAAAAAUGUAAAAGAUGAGACUUGUUCAGAAAAGAAUGAUGAUGCUAAUGCUGCAGAAACCAUAAAUGAUAAUGUUUCCAAAGUUAAUGAAGGAAAAGAUAAUAGAAAAUUUGAAAAUGCAUCAAAGAAAAAGCCUAAAGUCCGAUUGGAAAUGCAUAUGGAUCAAUAUUUUGUUGAUUGUAAUGAUGCUUAUGUUUGGAUAUAUGAUCCUAUUCCAUUUUAUUAUUGGUUUUUUGGAACUUUAUUAGUGUUGGGUGCUAUUGGUGUUUGUUUAUUUCCAUUGUGGCCAUUGACAGUAAGACAUGGAGUUUGGUAUCUAAGUGUUGCUGCUGCUGGAUUUCUCGUCUUUAUUUUAUCACUUUUAAUUGUGAGAUCUGUUGUUUUUUGUCUUUUGUGGGUUUUGACAUUGGGAAGACAUCAUUUAUGGUUGUUUCCUAAUUUAAUAGAAGAUGUAGGAUUUUUUGCAUCUUUUUGGCCUAUAUAUGAUCACCAAUGCUUCAGUUCAAAUGAUGGUGAUACGAUGUUUGAUAAGUCGAAACAAACAACUCACAAUAAGUUAGAAGCUGAGAAUGUAAAAACAUUGAAGGAAUCAACACAAGAAUCAAAUUCUUCAAAACCAAGCCAAAUGUUGGAUGAAAAGUCAUAUGAUGCACCUGAAUCAUCCGAUGGUCAAGGUGCCAAUGAAGAAAAUAUGGAAAGUGACCGUUCAAACUCAGAAGACUUUGAAAUGUUGUAAUUUUAUAAAGUAAAAUUUUCAGUUUAUUAAUAAAAUUAUUAUUAAAAUAUUGAAA